AUGGGGGCUGAGGUCUCCUCACCGGCUCCUCCCUGGCACCCCCGGAUCUCCCAGCUGGGCUCAGCUCACGGCUGCCCAGAUGGACUCGGCCAGGCUCUUGGAGACCAGCUGUCACAGGCUCACACGGGCAGCGGCAGCGCUACCCCAGGUCACACGGCUGGCUCACAUCCGCAGUCCCUCAGAGGACUUGUGACCUUCACCCCAGAUCUCCAGGGCCUGGCCAUCCCCCACCUCCUGCAGCCCCGCUACUCCAGCCGCUGCUGGCCUGGCUGGUCCUCCUGGGGCUCUGGCCCCAGCUCCCACCCCGCGGGGACACGUGUGCGCGGGGAGCGCGCCCGGCAUGCGGGGCGGAGCGCGGCCUCCACACCCGGGCGGCAGCGGGUCGGAGCAUCCGCUGGUUCAGGCACCGCCUGCGCCACUUCGUGGCAGGGACUGCAUGGAUGA